AUAGUAACAUGGUACUACUUUCGCUAUAUUAAAUUAAGCUUCUGCAAGAGUGUGCAAGUAUUUAAGGAAGGAUCUAGGCCUAGAGGAAAUAUAUUGAAUUUACUAUAACAGCAAAGUUCCGAAUAAAGUGAUUCUUUGAUAUUUUUUAAUAUUACUAAUUUUGUAUAUGUUAGAAAAUGUUCGAAUAUCAUGAUACAAGUACUGAUUUUCAAAUUACAUUUUGGCUAUAGUACUCUCAGUUAUUAUUGAACUGAAAGUCGACAUGUUGUUACAGAUACCAGAUACGAACAUUGCAAGUUAUAGGUAAAAAGACGGUAGGAAGAGAAUACAGAUGGUAACGCGGACGCCUGCGCGAGAAAACGGCGGCUUGUCUAGUUAGGUUUAGCCAACAAUUUUCCAUUUUCAGUUAUCGGUGGAAAAGGCUAGCCGUCACUUCGAAAGCGUUUCAUCGUUGAAAAUUAUAACACGUUGUUAAAUGUUGUGGUGCUCGCUUUAUAUUAUUUAGAAACAAACCGUAAUAUAAGAAAUACUGAAACGUCUUUCAUCUUUAUAAUAAAAAGAGAAGAAAAAAGCAAAAUUAUAAGUACUUGUCAAAGAAAGUUGCGGCUUCAUCUUAUUCUGUCUUAUUCUAAUCGUACUGAAAAAGCUCUCGAGGAAAAAGAUUCGAAACGAAGAGAAACAGAAGAGGAAAACAAGACAAUUUUGGAAAAAAAGAAGACAGAAAUCAGGUUGGAAUAAAAAAAAAGACAAAGAACAAGAUAGGGAAAGUGGAAUAAUAACUGCUCGGUCCCCGGAGACAGAUCGAUCGAGAAAUGAAUGAUUCGCCGAUUUUAUCAAACGGGACCGCCGUAGAAGGAUGGUCGACUACUAACCGUCCGACUAUAGAGAACGAUGUAACCUCGAAUAGUUUAGUGCAAUUAAUCUUUUACAUAUUUUAUGCAAAUAUUUUUGCGUUUGGUGUGUUUGGUAAUGUGCUCGUAUGUUUCGUCGUGGCACGAAAUCGACAAAUGCAGACAGUUACGAAUCUGUUUAUCACGAAUCUAGCAUUGAGCGAUGUGCUACUUUGUGCUCUGGCGGUUCCGUUUACUCCUUUAUAUACAUUUCUCGGGGGAUGGAUAUUUGGCAGAACCCUGUGCCACUUGGUACCGUACGCUCAAGGUGUCAGCGUAUACAUCAGCACAUUCACUUUGACGAGUAUCGCGAUCGAUAGAUUCAUGGUGAUCAUAUAUCCUUUCCAUCCUCGUAUGAAGAUCGAAGUUUGUUUAGCCGUGAUAGUCGGUAUUUGGAUAAUCGCAUUGUUGUUCACUCUACCUUACGGGCUUUACAUGCAUCUCGAGGAGCCGUACACUUAUUGCGAGGAACACUGGCCGAACGAACGAUUUCGAAAAAUCUUUAGUUCCAUUACUUCGAUACUACAAUUUGUCUUACCCUUCUUCAUCAUCGCUUUUUGUUAUAUUUGCGUUUCGAUCAAGUUGAACGAUCGAGCUAAAACGAAACCUGGCACAAAGACUAGUCAAAGAGAAGAGGUUGACAGAGAAAGAAAGAAACGAACGAAUCGGAUGUUGAUCGCUAUGGUUGCCGUAUUCGGCAUAUCUUGGCUGCCGCUCAAUAUCAUCAACGUUAUCGACGAUUUUUAUUCACCUGCCAAUGAUUGGGCUUAUUACAGAAUCUGCUUUUUCAUGACGCAUUGCCUCGCUAUGAGUAGCACCUGCUACAAUCCUUUCCUUUACGCUUGGCUCAACGAUAACUUUCGCAAAGAAUUUAAGCAAGUGCUUCCAUGUUUUCCAAAAGCAAUCAACGGUUACACUCCAAGAACUACCGAAGAAUUUCAAAAUAAUAAAGAAUGUAGCGGAAAUAACACUAUCCAGGAAUCUUUAUUACUGAAUGAAACACAUAUAAGAACUUCAAAUCCCGAAGCUCGCGAACUGAUCGUCCACGAAACGACCACCAACAAUAUGUCGAGAAACUUGGAAGAAAUGGAAACUUUUUGAUUCGAUCAAAUUCGAACGCGAGUCAACCAUCGUAAACAUAUUUGGUGUAUCCUUCUAUGAUGUUUAUUGUCAGCAAUGUAAAGAGAAAAAACAAUAUAAAGUACCAACGUUGCAAUAACAGAAGGAGGAAGGAAGCAGGAGAAAGGAAUGAAGAUUGUUCUCUUAUAUGUAUAUAUGAAAUGUUUCUCUAUUUCACAGACAUCUCUGUGUUACAGAAACAGCUGCAUUUUCUCUGGAGGCUGAAAUCUACUUGUAUCAUUCUUCAAUCAAGUACUACGUUUUGCAUUACUUGUUGUAUAAAAGAAACAAGCAACAAUGGUGGCGGUAUAUUUACAGAAAAAGAGACACGCGAUUCUGCACAAUCAUAUUACGAUAGAAUUAAGAAUUGAUUCGUCAAUCUAAGUUUGUUAUAAACCAUGGUGCGUCAAGUACAAAGAAAAUUACGAAGGGAAAAAUAAAAAAAAGGAACUUGCUCAACUUCA